UCAUUCCUAUCAUCUCAUCUCAUAGCUCAAAAGUACUCCUCCCUGCCAGUCACACAAGCGGAUAGUAUGGAACAUGAGCACCAUCAACGACGGAUUGUGCGCCCGGAGGAGAGCAAAUGGACUGAAUACUUUAUAGACACGCCCUCCUUGUCUUGUUCAUGUCAGCAGCUAGAGGAAUCAAUGAAGGAGAAGCGAGAAAAGCUUGUGAAGAAGGUUGGUUGCAUGAUCGAAGGAUAUACAUCAAGCAAGAAUAAUCUGCCAGAAGGAAUGAAGAUGGUGGAUGCCAUAGAGCGCCUCGGCGUCGGUUACCAUUUCCAGGAGGAGAUCAGCAGGUUCAUGGCCGUUCUCAACGCCACACCUGCACCUGCUACGGAGAACGUCGACAUGGCCAUGGCCGCCCUCCGGUUCAGGCUGCUCAGGCAACACCAACACAAUGCUUCAUGUGAUAUUUUUGAGAGUUUCGUCGACAGCAAUGGAGACUUCAAGGAGACCCUGAGACGUGACGUUGAUGCUCUUCUCAACCUGUAUGAGGCAGCCCAUCUUGGCUACUGCGAGGAGGACUUGCUCAAAAGCGCCGUCGUUUUCACCACCGGCUGCCUCACAGCCAUGGCAGGAACCGGCCAACUGCCCCGGCACACCGUCGAGAAGGUAGAUCACGCACUGACCUCGCCGACGAUGAGGAGGAUGAAGAGGCUGGAGGCCAAGCUCUACAUCUCCAUCUAUGAGAACGAUGAGGACAGCAACCAUGACAUACUGGAGCUUGCUAAGCUGGACUUUCACAUCUUGCAGCAGAUGCACCGAGAUGAGGCCAGGAGUUUCUCACUGUGGUACAAGGAGCUUAACGCUGGGAGCACACUGGGUCCAUACAUACGUGUGAGGCCAGUGGAGUGCUACUUCUGGGCGCUUUGUGUGUUCUAUGAACCACGUUAUGCCAACGCACGGAUGAUGUUUGCAAAACUUAUCAAGAUAUUUUCCUUCUUCGAUGAUACAUUUGAUUCCUACGGCACCUUGGAAGAGCUUCACCUGUUUAACCAAGCAGUCCAAAGAUGGGAUGAAGAUGGAGCAAAACAAAUUGGUGGUUGCUUCGGAUAUGUGAUGUCCCUUCUUUCCAAGACACUCGACGAAUUUGUGGCUGAAGGUGCUUCACCGUUGGGUAUUGACUGUACCAAGAAGAGCAUCAAGGAGGUGAGCAGAUGCAUGUUGCAAGAGGUGAUCUGGAGAGAAGAGGGACAAGCGCCGCUGUUACAUGACCAUCUCAAGUUCUCUACAGUUAGCACGUUUUACUGGGCAUUGGCCUGCAUAUCUUUUGUAGAUCCAAUGGAUGCAAACGAUGAUGUCGGCGUUUUUGGUUGGACAAUGUCGUCACCAAAAAUUAUAGAAAACUCAGCGACGAUGGCACGCCUAAUGGAUGACAUUUCGGGGCAUGAGACCGAGAAAGACAGAAGUGGCAUCCCUGAUACAGUAGAAUGCUACAUGAAAGAGCAUGGUGUGAGAGUCCAGGUGGCCAAGAAGGCGCUGUGGUGUCUUGUGGAGGAGCAGUGGAGGAGCAUGAACCAUGAGUUUGUGAGCAACACCGUCAUCCCAGUCGCACUGCUGCAGCGUGUGAUAAACCUUGCAAGGCUCAUGGAAACCACGUACAAGACGGGCCAUGGCUACACAGUCUGCUCUGGAAUUACAGAACCCAUUUCCAACGUCCUGGAUACCUGCGUCUUCCAUUAAUUAUCUACUAUUAAUUAAGACGUACGUAGUACAUGCACGUAUGUAUGUAUGUAUGUAUGUACGGGAGCUUAAUUAAUUUGUUGCAUGUUUCGUGUGUGUGUGUUACAGUAAUUUGUCGUCCAGCACUUAAGCAAUAAUAAUAAGAAAAACCAGAAAAGCUGUGCAGUUGUGGCAGCACAAAAAAAUUGCGUGUUGUCACAUUCAGUAGGAUAAAGAAAAUAUCGCUUCAUCGUUCGCAAUAUAUUUCACGCAAGUCUCUGUAAUAAAUAAUAUAUAUCUCAUGCAAGU